CACAGUCAGCCUGGCUAGUGACAGUAAGCAGUACGACAGUUCCACCAGCUCACCCAAACUGGGAACCAGCCUGCAUGUGUCAGACUAAAGUAGCAGAUCUUCCCACCUGUGACAGCUUAAACCCGGGCAGCCUACAAUUGAUUUCCAAGUUAAAGAAUCCUUCUGGUUCCUGUUCUGUGGAUGUUAGUGCCAUGUGGUGGGAACGAGCUGGUUUUAAGGAGCCAUGUAUCAUAACAGCUUGUGAAUAUGUAGUUUCUCUUUGGAGACCUCUGGAUACUUGGCAGUGGGAAAAAAUCUACACCUGGCAUUUCACAGAGGUACCUGUGUUACAAAUAGUUCCAGUGCCCGACGUUUGUAAUCUUGUAUGUGUGGCUUUGGGAAGUUUGGAGAUCAGAGAAAUCAGGGCAUUACUUUGUUCCUCUGAGGAUGAAAGUGAAAAACAAGUACUACUCAAAUCUGGAAACAUAAAAGCUGUGCUUGGCCUGACAAGGAGGAGGCUCGUUAGUAGCAGUGGGACCCUUUGUGAUCAGCAAGUGGAAAUCAUGACUUUUGCAGAGGACGGAAGAAGCAAAGAAAAACAGUUUUUGAUGCCCCCUGAAGAGACUAUACUUACUUUUGGUGAGGUCCAAGGGAUGCAGGAAGCUCUGCUUGGUACUACUAUCAUGAACAACAUUGUUAUCUGGAAUUUAAAAACUGGUCAACUCCUGAAAAAGAUGCACAUUGACGAUUCUUAUCAAGCUUCCGUCUGUCACAAAGCCUAUUCUGAAAUGGGGCUCCUGUUUGUUGUUCUGAGUCAUUCUUGUGCCAAAGAGAGGGAGGCGUUGGGCAGCCCUGUGUUUCAGCUGAUUGUGAUUAACCCUAAGACGACCCUGAAUGUUGGCGUGAUGCUGUACUGUCUCCCACAGGGGCAGGCUGGAAGGUUCCUAGAAGGGGACGUGAAAGAUCAUUUUGCAGCAGCAGUCUUGACUUCUGGGACAAUUGCCAUUUGGGACUUACUUCUGGGUCAUUGCACUGCUCUCCUUCCACCCAUCUCUGACCAAAAUUGGUCUUUUGUUAAAUGGUCUGGUACAGAUUCUCACUUACUGGCCGGACAAAAAGAUGGAAAUAUAUUUAUAUAUCGCUACAUAUAAGUUAAGAGGGAAAUAACAGUUUUCUGGAUAUGUGGGCCUCUUUUUUUCCCUUUGGAGUACAACUGUAAAGGAAUAUCUGAAUGACGUUUAAAAUAAUUACUUGUGUCCAUCCAGAGAGACUUAUUUUUAUUCUGCUGGUGGUGGCACUACUGAUCUUGAAUAUUUGUUUAUACUUACUUUGGGGGAAAGGGCUUUAGGUCAGUUUUUGUAUUCCCAAUAUUUGCACAUUUGCUUUUAAGAAGUGUAUAUAAAAAUUCAAAUGUCAAUAAAUAUUUAUUUUGAUAAA